AGGCAGAAUUUGUUCAAUCUAGGCUUACGCUGCAACACUGUGCAGUGCUCGGGACUCACUGAGGGUUCUCGAGUGACACACAGCCGGACUCGGAGGCCUUGUAGCUGCACUUGAGCACCCUUUGUAAUACAGGUUUGUAUAGACUGGUCUACAUAACUGAUCCGUGGGCUGGAGGACGACCUUGGUUCGAUUGUGCAAAAGCAGUUGAGCGCCUCGGCAAGCACAGGAGGCUGGCGAGAACGCAGCGCUAUACUGGCUGAACCUACGGAGUCAUGGCCGACAACGCCGCACAGACGGCAGGUUUGCGCAAGCUGAAAUCAGCGGAGUUACUGGUGUUCAUGCAGUCGCGACUGAGUAUGCAAGUGGGCAUGCAGAGGGAGCUCACGUCCCAUCUUGGGCACCUUGUUAGCCAGGCUCAAACAAUACAGGACACCAUAAUCGGCGCACUCAAGUACCUAGACGCCAAAGACUGCGACUGUGUCGACACUGGAAGCGCAGACGCUCUCGCCACCAGCGGCGUCAAGCCAGUCAUCGGCUGCGCCGCUACGCCAUGCGCAGAACCACGUGACAGCCCCACGUCAGGGCCUGAGACAACGCCGCCGCAGACGCCGCAGCCGCUGCUGCAGCUGCUAGCGCCGUCAGCGGCGGCAACAAGCGAAGCAGCAGCGGCGGCCGCCGCGCCGCCCCCACCACGGGCCCUCGACUCCUCCUUGUGUCGCGCACACUCCGUCACCAGCAGCCUGACGCAGCUGGUACAGGCGGGCGCGGCCCCCGCGAUGGUGGCGGCGGCGGCGGCGGCCGCAGGCGGACCAGAGCAGCACUACUCGGAAGCGGACGCCGACGGCGGCGGCGGCGGCGGCCGGGUGCCCCGCUCGCCGUCACCUUCCGUCGCGGGCUCAUCCGGAAGCGAUGCCAGCACGACGCAAGGCACCGCUGCAGCUGCGCUUAACCGCCUAGGUAGCAGCGGCUACAGCUUCGGCAGCGGCGGCGGCGACGGAAGGGGCGGCAGCAGCGUUUCCGGCGCCCUCCGCCGCAACCAUCAGCACAAGCGCAGUCACUCGGUGGCGUCUACGGGGGAUACCGGGGGCGCCAUGCCGGCUGCCGCCGCGUCUGUGGGUGCUGCGGUCCAAGCGCUGGAGCCGCUGCCGUGCGCCCGUGCGGCGGCCGCCGCCAAUGCUGGUGGCGGCUGUGGCGCCAUAGGGGGUGGCGGCUGCGGCACCGUAGGGGGUGGCGGCUGCGGCACCGUAGGGGGUGGCGGCUGUGGCGCCAUAGGGGGUGGCGGCUGCGGCACCGUAGGGGGUGCGGGCGCCACGGCGCGGGCCCCGCAACCACGAGCUUCCAAGCGGCGCUGCACCGGCGCCGCUACAGCCACAGCUACAGCUACAGCUGCAGCCAUACCGCCGCGGCGUGCGUCCAGCGGGGCGGCGAUGACGCUGCCUCUCGCGGCGGCUGUGGCCCCGGGCAGUGGUGGCGGCGGCGGCGGUAGCAGCCCGUGGCACCCGCAUGCAGGAGCACUAGCGCCCCAGCUGCCACCGGCACUGCUGCCGCAGCUUCCGCUCCUGCAUCGGCCGCUGCCGGAUACGCAGCCGAAUCCCCUGGGGCCGGCGGCGGCUGCUCCGAGCAGUGCUGCUACAGCUGCUACAGCUGCUACAGCCGGCAUGGCGGCGGCGCCGGCAUUGCCGAGUCACGUUGCAGCGGCCCUGCGGCAGCAGCAGUUGGCGCUGCUGCAGCUGCAGGCGAUGCAGCGGAACCUGCUGGUGCAACAACAGCAGCUGCAGCUGCAGCAACAGCAGCAGCUGCAGCAGCAGCAGGUGGUGCAGCGGCAAGAGGACAUGCAGCUUCAGGUGCAGCUGCGACAGCUGCAGCAGCAGGUGCAGGUGCACAAGCGGCAACAGCAGCAGCUGCAGCUAAAGCAGCCGCUGGCUUCUCCACACGCACAGCCCAUGCUGUCCCUGGCACACAUGCCGGGGCGUGCCACCGCUGCUGCGGCUUCACCCAUGGGCGGUGGCUGCGGCAACGGCGGCGUCGCGCCUCUUGGCAGCCCUGCUGACGGUGCGGUGGGACCUCUGCUGCCGCGUAGCUCAACAAGCGCGGCAGGGCAGCUGUAGGCAGGUAUGUGGUUGCGCACGCUGUGGAUCGGGUGGACGUGGUGGCAUGCGGCCGACCGGCCAGACGCCAGUUCCCCUGACGCAUGCAGCAAAGUUGCCACAAUACAGAAAAUGACGUGUGAGGGAGGGAUGUCCUCGAGCGGCAGGGAAGCUGGCGAGUGUUGAGUGUUGAAUACUGCAAAGUGGGGACACUGGGGCCCGGGGAAAUGAGUCGUUGCAAUUCGCUGCGACGGUUUUGCAAGUGCUGCAUCUAUUUCGGUCACAAUACGCCGUACUUGAGGGCUCCGUACAUGCGGUAGCUGCAAAGCAGCCCUUUCCUGCUUCAGGAAACCUUGCAUCAUGAGAUGCUUUGCGGCAUCAUCACUUGUGUGCGGAAAAGGCUGCGUGUGGUUUUCCAACUGGGAUAUUCUUUUGAUGGGGGCGGGUUGCGGCGCCAUGCCAAUGGUGACGUUCAUGUUGGCUGGGUGCCGUGCGUCCAACCGCCGCGUGUCCAACUGCCGUGUGUCCAACUGGUUCACCUGCCGUGUGUCCAACUGUGUGUUCAACUGCCGUGUGUCCAACUGCAUAACCGCCUUCAGUUGGCGAGUUACCAGAGCCCCGACAUGGGGCCCUGCCCAGGAGGCCCAAGCCCGCACGCCAGUCGACCGGCGUGUGCCACUGACGUGAAGUCUGCUUGUUCGCCGACAAAGGGCUGGGAAGCGCAGGGUACAAUGGGUCAUGCGUGCGAACCAGUUCAUGGAUGAGUUGUUGCUAACGUGUUACUGGACCUUAGUCAGUCAUCAGUUGUUCCUGGAUGUUGGUUGAGGCAGUUGCAUCGCGGCAAAUUGCUGACAGUUUACCAGACCGUUGAUUUGGAUUGGAAUGUGCAGUGACAGUGCGGUUGCAGGCAUGGAGCUCCUUCGUUGAGUUCUUUGGUGUGCAGACGCUGGAACAGUCCUUGCGGUAUCAACUACCGUAUCAAGGAGGGAGAUUCCGACCAACAAAGGUUAGCCGCACCCAUGGCCAGGCCUUCUUUGGGCUUGCUACUGCAUGUGCCUAGCUGUUAUCACCAGGGGUGGAUUGAUACCGUACACGAUGUUUGUUUGGCAUGAUAAUGCGUGGAGCGGCCUCGAGGAAGGAUCGGGGGCGGGGGCGGGAGUUGUUGUUGUUGUUGUUGUUGGCAUGCAAGUCACGAGACUGGGGCGGCAUGCGAGCAUGAAGCAUGGCGCUGCACCAUUGAUGCAAUGUGCCCGCGACCGCAGUCGCAUCGCUGCAUACGCAUGGACUCCUAAAAAGACAGUCACGGUGCUAGGAACCUAAUCGAAGCAAAUCAGAGCCCCGUUGCCACCGCCGUGGGGGUCGUGCGAACAAAGGCGCGGCGAGCGCGAUUGAAUGGUUGCACAACAGACUUGUUGGCACCUGCGCAAAAACCGCUGUGUAUGAGUAUUGGACGCAGGCGGAGCGGUUUGGAGGUGUGUCGGCCUGGGGCCUGGCGACCCCCAUCGGUUUGCUUGGCAAGCGUCACCCUAACCUAAGCAGUGCUCGAGCUGUUUAGGGACUGGCCACCCCACACGUCGCAGUAAGUAGGGUGUGACUGACUGGACGCACCCAUGCGUGCCUCCUGCGUUGGAGGGAACGUGCUGUGAUGGGACGCGGCAGCACCCGCCGCAGGAGCCCCGCACGGUGCCGCACGGUGCGGUCACGCACGCGAGCCGAGUGGCCUGUGACGACGGCAGCUGCUGGCGCGGCAGCGAGGGAGAUACGAGUCAGUCGUUUGCGUGCGCCGGGACUUGAGUGCAACCGCGCGCAACCACCGUGCCAACAUGUUGAUUGUUUCCGUUGAUCUGCAACUGUGUGUGUGUGUGUGUGUGUGUGUGUGUUAAAGAGCACAAGGAAAACAUUGCGCAAAGACAGUGUAUGCGAUGCAGCAAAGCGACGGUUUACGGGUGUGUGUGUGUGUGUGUGCGUGUGUGUGUGGUGCACAAGCAUGUGUGGUGCGGUUGUCGGGACAGGGUUGCGCGCAUGCAUACCGAUUGCACGGGGCAGGCUGCAGCGGGCUGGCCAAACGCCAUCGCUGUGCGGCCGCCCUUGACUUGGGGCUGUCUCUUCAAGGGCGUGAGAGAGCGUGGAACUAGGAUACUUUGAUCUGAGCCGAGCAUGACGAGGGCGGGCCAUGCCAGUUCAGGGGCAGGAGAACUGCAAAGGGGCGGGCGACGCACACGCGCAAGGUUACAGUGCGCGCACAUCGGUACCGUAUACAUGGCCAUACACCUCUGCGUUUCAGGGUACCGGUACACAAUUUUGGAGCAAUAAGACCAGGCUGGCCCACGAUGUUUCAACAAGGUCUGAUCGCGGCUUGAUGUCUUGACAGGAGAUCUACUACGGGAGCGUUACUCAUGCAUGCGGUCUUGUGCAUGGACAUCGGCGAAUAUCGGCGUGGUGGGGUGUGCGCGUGCAGGGGCCGGCGGGGGGCACUCGACUUGUUUGCAGGCACAGUAGGUUAGUCGGCGCAUGGCUGGGCGGACGCGUGCGGAUCGGGGAAGGCGUGUGCGCUGGAUGCGAGGAAGGAUGCGGGACUGGGGACGGGCGAGUGAUGAUAAGAAUCUGUCUUGAGGUGCUGUGGCGCUGCCCUGGUGAGCCAACAUGCCACUGGUCACAACUCAUAAUUCAUAU